UACGCCAUGCGCGUGGUGCUGCCACUGCUGCGCACCAGCUGGGCCUGGCGUUUGGGCGCCCCGGCUGCCGCCGCCGCCGCCGCCGCCCGCCUGCCGCGGGGAGCGAGCGCGGGGCCCGGGCCGCGCCGCGCCAUGGCUUUUUACCGCACAGAGGAGCGCGGCCAGCCCCACUCUCCCGGUUACCGCCUCUUUUUCAAGAAUGUAGCUGGUCACUACAUUUCCCCCUUUCAUGAUAUUCCUCUGAAGGCGGACUCUGAAGAGGAAAAUGGCAUUCCUACAAAGAGAGCACGAAAUGAUGAAUAUGAGAAUUUGUUUAAUAUGAUUGUAGAAGUACCUCGAUGGACAAAUGCUAAAAUGGAGAUCGCCACGGAGGAGCCAUUGAAUCCCAUUAAACAAGAUGUAAAGGAUGGCAAGCUUCGCUAUGUGGCAAAUAUCUUUCCUCACAAGGGUUAUAUAUGGAAUUAUGGUGCCCUCCCUCAGACUUGGGAAGAUCCCCAUCGAAAAGAUAAGAGCACAGACUGCUGUGGAGAUAAUGAUCCUAUUGAUGUUUGUGAAAUAGGCUCAAAGGUUCUUUCUCGUGGAGAUGUUGUUCAUGUGAAGAUCCUUGGAAUUUUGGCUCUUAUUGAUCAGGGUGAAACAGAUUGGAAAUUAAUUGCUAUCAAUGUGAAUGAUCCUGAAGCCUCAAAGUUUCAUGAUAUUGAAGAUGUUAAGAAGUACAAACCUGGUUACUUAGAAGCUACGCUUAAUUGGUUUAGAUUUUAUAAGGUACCAGAGGGAAAACCAGAAAACCAGUUUGCUUUUAAUGGAGAAUUCAAGAACAAGGCUUUUGCUCUUGAAGUUAUUAAAUCUACUCAUGAAUGUUGGAAAGCAUUGCUUAUGGAGAAGUGUGCUGGAGGGGGUAUAAAUUGCCGCUCCCCAUCACUCGCAUUACUGCCUGAGCUCUGCCUCCUGUCAGCAUUAUGCACAAAUGUGCAGGUAUGUGAUAGCCCUUUCCAUUGCUCUCAAGAGGAAGCAAGAUCAUUAGUUGAAUUGGUGUCAUUUUCACUGAAUAAAGGAAGUAACGAAGAAGAUCAAGUAUGGCACUUCCUUGGCAAGUGAUGAGAACAUUUGAAGUUCUGCCAUCAGGAUUCCAGUCUCUAAGAACUACAAGACUCCAA